AUGCCAGUGACUCUAAAAGAGAAGCGUCCAUCUUCACUUAUGUGUGAACAAUUUGAAUCAAAUUUCUUAAAUUCUAAAUUUUUUGAACAUCUUGCUACAACUGAAAAUGAUUCACAACCUUUAACAUGUGAAUUGAUAAAAAAAAGAAGAUAUUUUACCCUUGUAACAUUAUCAAAAGAGGAAGAAAAUUUUCCAUUAGCUUAUAGUUUCCUUGUGUACAAAGAUUAUGAAGUUCUUGAAUUAAUUUUAUUCUUAAUAUACCAACCUCAAAAUAUUUAUUGUUAUACUAUUGAUAAGAAACAACCAAUGAAAAUUUAA